CUGCAGCCCUGGUGUCCUUUCAACGCUUACCCAACACUGCCUCGCGAAAGUGGUAAUAUGUUUUUAUUUUAGUGAGCAAUAUUAACUAUUCUGGCAGCAAAAGAACUUGGCAGUGAGCGCAAACAAAGAGCACAGCUAACAGCUAGCAAAGGUCUUUCAAUGGAAAAGCGGGUACAUGCGGCUGCUACAUAUAUGGCUGUUAAUGCUGCUGCACGGAGCUGCUUUCGCUCAAGGCGAACGUACGCGCGAUAAGAUGUACCAGCCCAUUGUGGGCGCGGGCUGCUUUCGACGCUUGAAUGGCACCCAUCAGACUGGCUGCUCCUCCACACACGCGGGUUCAGUGGGCGUGUUGCAUCUGAUUAACGUCGAGGCGGACUUGGAGUUUCUGCUCGCCAGUCCUCCGUCGCCGCCCUACGCCCCCAUGAUACCACCCCACUUGUUCACCAGACGCAAUCUCUUGCGGCUGAUUGAGGCCGGGCCCAGCAACAUCUCAGUGGUGCUGCUGAUCAACAAACCCGAAAAGAUGAAACAGUUCUCGCAUGAGCUGAACUGCCCGAAUCAAUACAGUAGUCUGAACAACAGCGAGACGUGUGAUGCGAGCAAUCCAGCCACCAGCUGGAAUCCCUGGGGAACGGGGGAAGCGCUGGACGAGACUAUCUUCUACUACGAUUCGCUUGGAGAUCCGAGUGAUAUCGCCCUGGAUGUCCUUCAGAACUACAUUAUUGCCGAAUCGCUAGACAAGCGCAAGGUGCAGUACGACAUGAGCGGCUUUAGGAUUGAAAAUGUGUUGAAUGGUCCGCAACAAACGAACGAAUCAGACUGCGGUCCACCGCUGAGCAGCAUGACCACCGGGAUGCCUAGGGCACGGAAAGUGCUAAACACCAAUCGGUCGCGCUUCAGGACCCCCUCGGCGGAGAUGUCCAGGUUCCCCAGGGGAUCUCCCUUGAAGCGCUGGACGAGUAAGAUUGAUGUGUUCAGCAAGGACAUCAUUCUAGUGCCUGUGCACUGCAAUCUUAAUCAUUGGUGCAUGGCCAUUAUACACUUGAAAAAUAAGACUAUCUUCUACUACGAUUCGCUUGGAGAUCCGAGUGACAUCGCCCUGGAUGUCCUUCAGAACUACAUUAUUGCCGAGUCGCUAGACAAGCGCAAGGUGCAGUACGACAUGAGCGGCUUUAGGAUUGAAAAUCGCUUCAAGGGAGAUCCCCUGGGGAACCUGGACAUCUCCGCCGAGGGGGUCCUGAAGCGCGACCGAUUGGUGUUUAGCACUUUCCGUGCCCUAGGCAUCCCGGUGGUCAUGCUGCUCAGCGGAUUAAGAUUGCAGUGCACAGGCACUAGAAUGAUGUCCUAUGACUAUAUCGGAUCUCAGCGCUUCGUCUACGACGUAGAGAGAUUUGCUUUCCCCAAGUCGUCCGCUCGUCGCAACCUCAUCACGUUUGACAACAUUGAGUUCAUGCUGGACAUUGGCACACUGGAUGAUAUAGCGAACAUCAAGCUGCACGCCCUGAGUGGCACGCCACUCGCUCAGAAGCUGCUGCAGCAGCUUAACAACUAUGCCCAGUCGCCCCGCUAUGGCUUCAAUCUGAACAUCCAAUCGGAAAUGAGCUACCAUAUACCACCCACUUCGGCACAGUCUUUCCUGCGGCGCGACCCAAAGUUUCCGGCCCUUAUUUUGAAUGCAAAGCCAGCCAAUAAGUACUAUCACUCCAUCUACGAUGAUGCGGAUAACGUGGCCUUUAACUAUGGCAACACUAGUCAAGAUUUCACAUUGCUACCCGAUGUGGGCGACACCAAGAACUUCAAAGCUGAUUCUCUGCAGAUGAAAGUGCGCAACGUGUCCUCCAUUGUGGCCAUGGCGCUCUACGAGACGCUCACCGGUAAGGAGUACACAGGGAGCAAGGUGGCGAACCCCGUGCUGGCCGACGAGUUCUUCUACUGUUUCCUGCUGUCUGCAGACUGCCCUCUCUUCAAGGCCGCUUCCUAUCCAGGCAGUCCCAAGGGUCUGCCCAUGCCUCCGAUGCGGUAUGUAAGCGUGUUGGGCGGCCCACAAGAGUCAUCCGGAUGGACCUACCGAGUGCUGGGCUAUCUGCUCUCGCAAAAGCAGCCAAAGAUACCCAAAGACAACUGCACCAUCUUGCCGCUGCACUACUUUGCCGGCUUCAACGGUGUCGGGGAGUGCCGUCUCACCACACAGAACUACAGCUCUGCCUUGAGCCCCGCCUUUCUGAUUGAUGACUACGAUUGGCGGUCGGGCAACUACUCUACAUGGACUGAAUCCACCUGGUCGCUGUUUAGUGCACGCAUCUUCCUGCGUCCGUCCAAUGUGCACCAGGUCACAACGCUCAGUGUCGGCAUUGUGGUGCUCAUCGUCUCCUUCUGCGUGGUGUACAUCAUUAGCUCGCGCUCGGAAGUCCUCUUCGAGGAUCUGCCGGCAAGCAAUGCCGCAUUGUUUGGUUGAGAUUGAACAACUGCCACAGCGACGUCAUCAUCAUGUUGAGCGACUCAUUCCCAAAAUAUCUGCAUGCUAAACUUUAUUCGACUGAAGUUUUAAGAGUAGUUAGCUAUUAAUCGGUCGAUCGAACCACCUUCUCUUUGACACGUGUGGGCUCUUCUAGGUUACCGCCCCCGACGGCCUGUUAGUCAGCGGAUCACGCGCGCAGCCAGAAGAUCUAGGCAUAAGGAAGUCAUGGGUAAAGCAUCCACUGAAAGUGAUCUGAAAAACAUCUAACGAAAAGACACUAAAUGAUAUUCUAAUUCGUAUAAUUUAAACCAUUAAGUGAACAUUUAUUUGUAUGUAUUUUUGUAUUUUAAACGAGUAAAUUAGCCUUUAGCGACUAUUUUGUAUCAUAUACAUAUAUAUAUAUAUAUAUAUAUAUAUAAUAGACACUUAACCAAUUGCGACAGCAAACACAUACACAUGCACAUCAUCCAUAAGAAGGAAUGUUCGUUCAACCUUCCCGCUACCCGGUUCCCUGUCCCCUGCCCCGGUCCGCUUUGGAUUGUAUAUAGAGAAGAAACUAUAAAAGAUAUAACGCAAAUCUCUACGGAUGCCAAGGAACACAUGUCUGUACAAAUAUUGACAAGAUACUGACUGCUGCUAUCUAAUCCUAAGUCGAGGGAGAUAUUUAUACCUUCUGCAUCCCUGCGAUACGAUACUAUACUGAACUUAAUGAUCUGAAAUCAUAACUUCAUAGAAGACAUAGGCGAAUAACUAUUCUAAUAACGACUUUAACUUAUGUACGUUUAAUAAAUUUUGAUAAGGUGUGAA